AUGGAGAACGGUUAUGGACACAAGGCCAACGGUAGCACGACACUUUCCAACGGAUCUCAGCAGCUCAAGACAAUGGUGGGCGACACAGAGAACGGCUCGCCUGUGCGGUCGGGAGCCGUCAAUGGCAUUCACCACGACAGCAGCUGCGAGAGUUCAGACGGCGAUCUGACUUCUCCAAAUGCAAGCCCAACAUCCAAGGCAGCAAACGGUGCUUACACAAAGAAGAAUAUGAGGAGGAAGGCUUCCUCACCAAUGGCGCCGGCCUUCAUGGUUUCAGCACCAGGGAAGGUCAUUGUCUACGGAGAGCACGCCGUCGUGCAUGGAAAGGCAGCAAUGGCUGCGGCCAUUUCGCUGCGAUCCUACCUACUUGUCACAACACUCUCCAAGUCGCAGCGCACUCUUACGCUGAAUUUUAGAGACAUUGGCUUGGAUCACACAUGGAAUAUUGACGAACUGCCAUGGGAUCUCUUCCAUCAUCCUUCCAAGAAGAAGUUCUAUUACGACCUCGUCACCUCCCUAGACCCCGAACUCCUCGAGGCAAUUCAACCGCAUAUCGUGGACGUCUCAGCAGACAAGCCUGACGAUGUGCGAAGGAUCCAGCAAAACUCCGCACGAGCCUUCCUCUACCUCUUCCUCUCCCUGGGCUCCCCCCAGACACCGGGCGCCAUCUACACUCUUCGAUCCACAAUUCCUACAGGGGCAGGUCUAGGCAGCAGCGCCAGUGUCUGCGUGUGUUGGAGUGCUGCAUUGUUGCUUCAGAUCCGAACGCUGGCUGGGCCACACCCCGAUCAGCCUCCAGAUGAGGCGGAGGUACAGAUUGAGCGUAUCAACCGAUGGGCCUUUGUCGGGGAAAUGUGUAUCCAUGGAAAUCCUAGUGGUGUCGAUAACACGGUCUCUGCUGGCGGUAAGGCUGUCGUCUUCAGAAGGGGCGACUACUCCAAGCCGCCGUCCGUUAUCCCGGUGCCAAACUUCCCAGAAGUUCCUCUUCUCUUGGUGAAUACAAAACAGCCACGGUCGACGGCCGUGGAGGUGGCCAAGGUUGGAGCGCUCAAGAAGGCCCAUCCGGUCGUGACAGAGUCGAUGCUGAAUAGCAUUGACCAAGUCACAACCUCAGCGCAUGAGCUUAUGCGUUCUCCUAAUUAUGACGGCUCAUCAGAUGGGACCCUCGAGCACCUUGGUGCUCUUUUCCGCAUCAACCACGGUCUCCUCGUUUCUUUGGGUGUGUCCCACCCCCGUCUCGAGCGGAUAAGGGAAUUGGUCGAUUACACCAACAUCGGUUGGACUAAGCUCACCGGUGCUGGAGGAGGUGGUUGUGCCAUUACUCUCCUCCGUCGAGACGCGAAUGAAGAGACUCUACGUGGCCUAGAGCAGCAGCUCGACGAGGAAGGCUUCGAACGUUACGAGGCAACAUUGGGCGGGGAUGGAGUUGGCGUACUUUGGCCAGCAGUUCUUCGAAAUGGCAGUGACGAAGAUGGCGGCGAGGAAAUUGACCAGCAAAAGUUCGAGAAUGCCGUGGGAGCCGAAGGUAUCGAGAAAUUGGUCGGUGUCGGGGGCAGACAGGAGAAGCGCGAAGGAUGGAAGUUCUGGAAACGUGCAGUGCAUUAA